AGAAAUUUCCUGCUUGUAUAAUUAGGAAGAAAAAGUUUAUCUGAGCUUCGGUUAAAGUGUCAGAAUCUUGAUAGUGCCAGUACUAUGAGUUGUAGGUGGUCUUUCAUUUUGUGGCGUUUUGUACAGUUAUUGUGAACUCUUUUUAGGUUUGAAUAGUGAGACAGCAAGGAAUCUGAGGUGAGCUUUUUCUCCCCCAAGGUCCUAACUCAAGAGUUUAAAAUCCAGGAAUUACUGGGUCAGCAAUUCACAAGAGUCCAAUUUUUGAAUCGUGGAGCAAAUCACCAUUGAAUUCUUCACAUACUCCACUGGGGUUUUGUGAAUUUUAUCGGACGUGAUCUCUGGUUAAGCUUCCUUGGCCUUUUCUGGGUCUGUUUUCUCUCCUCUUUUGCUUGACAUCUCUGCCUCCCCAUAAUUUAAGUAUUUUAUUCCCUGUUGUCUGUGAAACCCACUAUAGGAAUAAUCCAGGAACUAUUCUUGAAAAGCCAUGGUUUUGGAGAUGGAUUACAGGCUAUCAUAAUUUGGCAGUUAAGUUAAUUCUUUUCUCCUGCGGGUGAUAUUCUGGAUAGUGGAUUCAGACAACCCUAGAUGACUGUGGAUGAAGCUGGCAGCAGCUCCGAGUGGAGUAGGGAGCAAGAUAAGGCUUUUGAGAAUGCCCUUGCAACUUAUGCCGAGGAUUCUUCGGAUCGGUGGGAAAAAAUUGCAGCUGAUGUGCCUGGGAAAACUUUAGAAGAGAUUAAAAAGCACUAUGAGCUUCUGGAGGAUGAUGUUAGCCGGAUUGAAUCUGGUUGUGUGCCUCUCCCUUCAUAUAAUUCUCUUGAGGGUUCAGCAGGCCUUGCUGGUGAUGAAGGAACUGGUAAGAAGGGAAGCAGCCAUUUAGGGCAUUAUAACAGUGAGUCAAAUAAUGGGAGUAAGAAUUCAAGGUCAGAUCAGGAACGCCGUAAGGGGAUUGCUUGGACAGAGGAUGAGCACAGAUUAUUUCUUCUUGGUUUGGAUAAAUAUGGGAAAGGUGACUGGCGAAGCAUAUCCCGGAACUUUGUGGUCACAAGAACGCCGACACAAGUGGCAAGUCACGCACAAAAAUACUUCAUUCGAUUGAACUCCAUGAAUAAAGAUAGGAGGCGAUCUAGCAUCCAUGAUAUAACCAGUGUUGGCAAUGGAGACAUUUCAGCACCCCAAGGUCCGAUCACUGGUCAAUCAAAUGGUAUUGCAACUGGAGGUUCCUCUGGAAAAUCAACCAAACAGCCCCCUCAACAUCCUGCUGCACCACCUGCUGUUGGCAUGUAUGGUGCUCCAACUAUAGGGCAGCCAAUAGGAGGUCCCCUUGUCUCAGCAGUUGGCACACCAGUGAAUCUUCCUGCCCCGGCACAUAUGGCUUAUGGAGUCAGAGCUCCUGUACCAGGUACAGUGGUUCCUGGUGCACCGAUGAACAUGGGUCCUGUGACAUACCCAAUGUCGCACACAUCUGCUCAUAGGUAAUAUGCCGUUUAGCUGCCAAAUGUACAAAGGACAGAAGACUACAUACUUGUGCGGAUAUUGGGUUACUAGGUUUUCCAUUUUAGCCUGAAUAAGAUUUGCUUAUUUGCAAGCACAAGUUGUGUCUGUCAUUUGUUUAAGUUAAAUAAGCCAUAGGGAGAGAAUUUACUUGUAUCUGUAUAGGGAACUGUGGUAAAUGUUAAAUGUGGCAGAUUUAUGGGUAGGACAGCAUUUUGGCACCUGUUUUUUCCCGUCCCUUCUCCGUUGCAACCAUUAGCAUUAGAAUUAGUCAAUGCUUAGAAAAUUUAUGGCAAAAAGUUGUAAAAGAAAAAAACUUUACAUAUUUUGCUAUCAUGAGCAGCAUAUCUAAGCAAAUGCUAUAUCAAACUGGUUUUUCA